AAAAUCUACAUACUCUAUGUGGACAUUAUACGAAUAUAAAAUGUCAUCAUAAAAUGUCACUUAUUUCAAGAAAGAACGACCAACUUGAAAUUGACCCGUAUUAGGGAAUGCAGCUUCCCAUUCAUAGAUCGGAUAUCCUGAAUUUCUAAUAAGAUAUAUAGUCAUAAAGAAUUUUAUUGAUUUCAACAUAUUUUAAUGUGAUAUCAAUAUUUCUCAUAUAUAAACUCAUAUAUGAGCAUAGUUUAUCUUUAAGGAUGUGUAAAGGAUGAAACAAAUUAUAUCUAAUUGAGUGUUAUAAAUGUCUUGGUUAGCCUUCACUUACUUUAUAUGAUAUACUUUAUAACCUAUUAAUAAAAUUUACAUAACAAUGGUACAUCUAGAUGUCAUUUAAGCUUACCUAUUGUCAAAUUAAAGUUCAUGAUGCUGUUAAAUUGUAUGAAGAAUAAGAAGAUUCUGUCUAUUCUUUUAUUUAUCUUAUAUUAGAUAUUCUAACACAGUCAUGUUGAAAUGACAAGAGCACAUGUAUGAAUUCUGGUAUCAGGGAAGGGUCAUUAUAAAAUAAAAUACUUUGCGAUAUUAAUUACAAAUAAAGUACAAGGGAAGUUACACAGUAAGCAGUAUGAAAUAUCACAUUAAAGAGUUAACUUUUAUUGAUGCCAAAACAAAUUCCAUAUCAUCAAUAGAAAAUAUAUUUUUAUCAAUUAAUAGCUAUAGACUGGAAACAAGUUGAAGGUAAAUUACGACAGUUUUUAUUGGAGUAUGACAGUGCUAAAAGUGAUGAAUUGAGGUUCGGGAUAGAGUCGACUACUUGGCAUAAAGUAUUCAGGACUCACGAGCGAAGUUUUUCAGAACCCAUCAUAAAUUGCUUGUAUGAACUGUGUAAGGAAAUAGAGGAAGUACAUUACAAGGGGAAAUAUAUAUCUUAUAACACAAUCACUUCGAAGGAAAUAAUUAUAGAAUAUCAAACAUUUGGACGUGCUGUGCUCGAAAUGGAAAUCGUGGACUGGGAGGAUAUUAGAAAAUCAUUGAAGCAAAUACUUCACGACUGGAACAGAGAACAUGGCUUUCAAGGCAUUACUGUCGAGGAUCUGGAUGGUAAACAGCACAUCAUCUAUAAAAUGAGGUCCUAUAGAAAUGAUAAUGAUUAUCUCCUAGAUCAAGUUGUGGAGAAAACUGGCAUUUCAAAAGAAGAGUUUGUACUUGUGUACGGAGAGAGUGUUAUUUCCCCAGGAGAGUAUUUGGAAAUACCCGACGGUGCAAAAAUAAAGCUUAUUCCGUUGAAGAAAGAACAAGGUAUUAUUGUCGAGGAUCUAGAUGGUCAACGGCACAUUAUCAAAACAAAUUGGAGGAUGCACACAAAUGAUGUUGAUUAUCUCAUCAGCAAAGUUGCGGAUAAAACUGGCAUUUCAAAAACAAAUUUUGUACUUGUGUACAGAGAAAAGCUUAUUAUCCCAGGAAAGCAUGUGCACAUACCUGAUGGUGCAAAAAUACAGCUUCUUCCUGUGACGAAAGACCAUAAUCCUCCUGCAGGCUUCACUGGAUUUGUGAGAGGCAAAUUCAAUACUAUAUAUGGACAGCUUGUUAGACUAAUAACAUUCUUUCCCAAGGCGUUUGAAGACACUACACGUUUACUCUCAGAGAAAGACUUUGUGAGGAUAUCGCAGUUAAUAGGUAAAGGGUGGAGUAUGCUGGGAAUUGAGCUUGGCUUUACCAAGGUGAGGUUGCAACAGAUAAAAGAAGACGAGCAAAGUGUUGUCUCACGUAUAUUUGAAAUGCUGAGCCAAUGGAGUCAAGAACGAAAAGAUGGAGCCACAGCGGGACAACUGCUUACUGCAGUCAUGAAAAGUGGAGUAUGCUGCGAAUUCGAUGAACUUAAACGUGUCCUUCUUAUUGGCUUGUAACAAAACAUUCCUUGCCUACAGAAACUAAUUAUACUGUCGUAAUGAUUUGUUCAUGUAAACAAACUUUUGACAAGACGAAGAAAAACAACAAGGGACAUCUAGUACUCUGUCAUAUGUUUGUGGACAAAUAUUUUAAUUGUCAAUUUAUCACAUAUAUCUUGUUCAAUUUAUGCAAAAGAAUAACAUCAACUUAGAUAACUCAUUCGUACAAUAACAUACAUUUUUUGUUAAUUAGCAACAGGAAGACAUAACCUAUCAUUUGUAAUGUUUAUUUAACCAAUAUAACAUAGUUUUACUCAGUACAAUUACCCUUUUAGGGAAAUCAGCUUUUAUCCAAUAACUUCUUUAAAUUAUGAUUUGGAACCAUGUUUUAAAGAUUGUUUGCCAAAUUUGUUUUAGUUGCAUACUUUUCUUACGAUUUUCUUAAUAUAUUAGCAUAGCAUUUUGAUUCAGUUACUUUUAUAUUAGUGCGUAUUCUUAAAUGAUGCUUUUUUACUCGCAAUGGUUCACUGUUAAAAUCUGCUCUUUAACUAACUUGUCUUUACAUUUGUUUUCGGUAUAUCAGAAUGGAACAUGGUUAUUACAAUGUUAUGAUUCAAGACAUACCCUAUAUAUUAAUAUGGUUGUGUCACAAUUACAGUAUCGGUACUGUGUGAUUUCAUUAAUCUGUCAAUAACACACCGAUUACACGACCAAAGCAAACAAUAUAUUAAUCUUCGAUAUAUUUUCGUUAAGUUCCGUGAGAUAUACACAGUAAGAUGCCAUUUCAAAUAAUUUGUAUCCGUGCAGUUAUUGUACUUAGCGAUAUAGCACAAAAAGGUAAGCUACGGAUCUAACAUUUCUAAGUGCUCUAGUGUUGUAAGAUAGGGACCGCUUAUUUCCAUGUUAUUUUUCUUAUUUACAUUUUCAACAUUAUUGAAGCUAUGAUUGUUUUUUAUGUUUAUUCGUUUUGUUUAGAAAUGUUUUGCUCUUAUUUUAGUAUAGUCUAUACACUUGAAAUAACUUUAAUUUAUAUUUAAAAUUCAUUCUGAUUAAAAUAUAUUAAUUUCCUGUCAAUGCCGUAAAACACAACCCAAAUCGAGACAAACAAUAUUUCAAAGUUGCAUCAUGUCCGUGUAGACAAUCAUACAAGCAUUCAGCCAUUUCAAUUAACAUAUACAGCAAAAAGAAAGAAUAUGUCUUAAACUUUGGCAAACGUAGGGAUCGAACAACAGACCUCUCACAUAUGAGAUAAUUACAUAAGCGACAGUGCUUUUGCGGAUGAAGCGACAAACCUUACAUUCAGCACGUGCGACUUUCAAAACAUUAGUCAUAUACUCUAUAUUAAUAUUCGCUAACUACACAAUGGGAUCGAAUAUUUAAUUGAGUGCUAUUAAUAAUGCUUUCAUAAUUAACAGGUCAAUAAAAUCAGACUAUAACUUUUUUCAAAUGUAACAAAACAAAAAUCAUACCUUAUGAUAGUUGAUGUACAUGUUUAUAAAAAAAUGAGUUUGUUUAUUAAAUAAGACAAUUGCAAUCAUACCUCUAUUAUAUUGAAGCACUCCAUAACAUUUAUGAAACCAUACCACAAAUUUAUCUUUUUAUAACGUUUUGUAAAAGAUGAGUACUUUUGUAUGCUAUCAAUUGCUAUAUACAUGCAUUCUACGCAGUUUUAUGUUCACGUAUAUUUGUAGAGAAUCAGUCUAAACUAUAACAACAACAACAACUACAGUACUUAAAAUAUAUUUUCGGUUUGUCAGUGUGCUUAAGGAUGUAGUGGUUUGAUAUGUCUAUUGAUUGCAGAAAAGUUUUUGAUUUUGACAAAGUGUUUGAAAACUUUCAGAACGAAGGAUGUUUUCAAUUUAAUCAGCUUUAUUUUGAGAGUUUGGUUUAAAAUUGAAAUACACAAACAAAAAAAGGAACUGUGAAUUAACUUUCAGUAAAGGUUUAAAAUACUACUCGGGCGGACUGUUACUGUUUCAAAAUAUAAUAGUCAUAAUUCUUAUGUAAACAAAUUUGAAUAUAUUCAGCCCAGUAUUUUUUUAUAAUUACAAACAAUGUCAAAUUUAGGAGCAUGUGCUCUUUUUUGGUAAUCGUUGAAAAUACGCGUACGAUAUCUUGUUUGCCAAAUAAAUAUAUCUUAACAAAUUUUUUACACUUCUCAUUUAUUUUGUUUUUGCUUUUGUCAAGAUGCUUUUUAAAAAUUGUUAAUAUUAAAGAGUAUAAAGCUAUAUCUGAUGAAAUAUUUUUAUGAAAUAUAAAUUAUCUUUGGUAAAAUAAUGCUGAUUUUCUGCUUUUAUCGUCGAUUCUGGAAAGAUUUGUAGCAAAUACUGUUUCUGUUAUUUAACACACAUGCAAACUGUACGGAAACACAAUAACGCAUUCCGUAAAAGUAAUAUGCUACUUUUUUAAUAAGCCUUUUAUCCUAUAAUCAAUGAUUUCAAUCAUACGCAAUUUGUUACAACAUUUACCAACAGGCAUGUAUUUUUUCAUGCAGGCAUUUUUAAUUUUUUUUUUCCCAAAAUUUCAUCAAAAAUUGUUUGGACUGCAAACAGCAUAGGUAUAGCUUUGUACUCUUCAAAGUGUAUGUAUAUGAACUAUUUCUGAA